AUGUCGUCGACCGCCUCCGAAGAACCUUCAAUCAGAUCCAACAUUCUCUCGGUCCCAACCCAUCUGACCCCGCAGCCAGAGUUCCAUAAACAUCAUUUUCCAGUCGCCACUAUCUUCAUUGGUCCAACUAACCCCAAAGGUCAACACCCGGCAAUCUCUUUGGCAGCGAUGUGCCGGAUUUUAGUUUUCAAGAAGAAUUUCAAAGAGCUCACCAAGACCGUCAGUCGCUUCAUGGGUAAAGACCUCCGUCUUAUUGUUGUGGGAUGUAAGACGGUCGUGGAUUCCAAUGAUAAAUACAUCCCGUUGUUCAACAAUUGCCGCUUCAUUCACAGAGAAGUUGGAGGAUAUCACGUUCUCUGUCGUAUCUUACCGACCGACAUCUCCGGAAAAGAGGCCCGAAUCAGACUUGACAAAUUCGUCGAUGAUCUUGAAACGCCAGAAGUACAGAAGCCAGCCACUCAACAACCAUCAGGACGUAAAAACUCCCGCGGCAACUCCUUCAACCGCAAAAGUGGCAAACGGCGGUUCACCGUUGAUUCGGACGAUGAGAACACCCCCGAGAAAGUUCUCCGUUUCGACUGA